AUGGCUUCAUCUCCACCGCUUCAAGACAGAGUAGCAAUCGUCACCGGCUCUUCCCGCGGAAUCGGCAGAGAAAUCGCACUCCACCUAGCUUCACUCGGCGCUAAACUCGUCAUCAACUACACUUCCAGCUCCAACCACGCCGACUCAGUCGCCGCCGAAAUCAACUCUAACCAAACCACUCCACGAGCCAUAACCGUUCGCGCCGACGUGUCCAAUCCAGAGGAUGUAAAAUCUCUCUUCGACACCGCCGAGCGAGCCUUCAAUUCUCAGGUUCACAUCCUGGUUAACUCAGCCGGCGUUCUCGACGCCGAGUAUCCUACCAUAGCGAACACAACUGUUGAGAGCUUCGAUCGCAUCAUGAACGUAAACGCAAGAGGAGCGUUUCUCUGCGCGAAGGAAGCGGCGAAUCGAUUGAAGCGCGGAGGAGGAGGGAGAAUUAUUCUUCUAACGUCGUCGUUGGUGGCCUCAUUGAAGACAGGUUUCGGCGCGUACACAGUGUCGAAGGCGGCGGUGGAAGCAAUGACGAAGAUUCUGGCGAAGGAGUUGAAGGGGACGGGGAUUACUGCAAAUUGCGUGGCGCCGGGACCGGUUGCGACGGAGAUGUUUUUUGAGGGGAAAACAGAGGAGAUGGUGAAGAGAGCUGCAGAAGAAAAUCCGUUUGGUAGAAUUGGUGAGAGUAAAGAUAUUUCUCCUGUUGUUGGGUUUUUGGCUAGUGAUGCUUCUGAAUGGGUUAAUGGUCAAGUUAUUCGUGUUAAUGGUGGCUACGUUUAGUUCUUAAUUUCAUGUUUGAUUAAUGUUAGAAUAGUUGCAUUCAAAAGAUGUAAACUUAUUUCAUAAAUCAUUCGGUGCAAUAAAGUUUCAAUAAAAUGAUCAAAUAUCUAAAAUAA